AAUUGUAAGCUAAAGUUGAAAACAUUUUAAUUAAAGUUAAAACAAAAAGUGAUCAAAAUUUGUACAAAAAUGGCAAAGUAUUUAGUGACAUUGGCAGUUUUGUGUGUUAUUGGAGCUGUCCUAGUCCGUGGAGAACUUGAUAAGAAUGCUAUCAUAGCUGAUUUCAUGGCUAAGGCUGAGGUGUGCAAAGGCGAGACUGGUGGCAAGGAUGCCGAUGUUGCCGAAAUUGCAGGAAAAAAACCAGCAUCCACUCCCGAAGGCAAGUGUAUGCGUUCAUGCCUUAUGAAAAAAUAUGAAGUGAUGGACGCCAAUGGUAAAAUGGAUAAAGCCGUUGCCAUGAAACAUGCUGAGGUGUUAUCGGAUGGUGAUGCCAAAAUGUUGGCAAUAGCCGAUGAAGUUGUCGCAACUUGCGCUGCCCUAGGAGUAUCGGGAGACCAUUGUGAAGCUGCAGAGGAAUAUCUGAAAUGCUUUAAGGAGCAGGCUAUGGCCCAUGGUGUUGAUGAUAUUGAUUUUUAAAUAAAAAACGAACAAACGCUGUUAAGGACUCAAACACACACACAAUCACACGUUAUGCUUUCCUCUUUAAUUUAGUGUUUAAAUAAAUUUGAAACAAAAUAAUGGUUAUCGCUUGCAAA